AAUUUGUUCGUUUGAACGUUGACUUUGUAGCCAGAUCAUUUACUCAAACAAGUGACCUUCUAGGACUGGAGGGUGCAUGGGCAAAGCGUUUCGAUUUAACUGCAAAGAUAUUGAAUAUUGAGGAAAGUAUAACUCAAUCAUUUUCUCCGUGUGGGCAUUCGUGUCAAAAAAUAUCAUCCUCGUUCUAUAGUGUUGUGGGAGCUUCAGUCGGGUUUACUGACUGCGGUUGUUACAUUCCUAACAUUACGGACAUAGUAGUGUUGUGGGAGCUUCAGUCGGGUUUACUGACUGCGGUAGUUAAUGACAAAGCAGAUUGGUCUUGUAUCAUCGAAAGAUGGCAUAUGAUGCAAAUUGUAGAAAAUUGCCGUGAAAAAAUUUACACUUUGUAUUCAAACGAGAACGAAAACUUUGGAAAUAAAUUGUUGAAAAACCAUAAAAAAUCAGAACUCGAUACCAAUAACUCUGCUGAUGUGAAUGCAACCACUCGUCCUAAAAAAAGAUUUUUAGAAUGUGCAGAAGAAAGUCCUCCAAAACACGAAGUAAUAACUGAGUCUAAUACAACACUCAUCCCAUCAUCGCAAAUUGAUUAUUAUGAAUUGAUAAAUAAAAUCGCUAUGCAAAAUGAUAAUGAUGGAUUUCGAACUCCCCCUCAUCAAAUUGUCAGUAACAUAUACGACCCAGAAAUAUCAAUUAAUGAAAAUAUACUAAGAAUAUCUGCUAUGAGUUUAGCCAAGCUGGACGAAUCCAAGUACUUCGGGGAAUUUAUUCCGCAUUUUAUAAAAUAUAAGAACUCCCAGAAAAAUAAUCCAUUUUCGUUCACAAUUGAUGAUGUAAUGGAUAUUCGAGGAGAAAGCGGGUUUGCUAAAUUUUUGUCAGUUGAUGAUUAUAUAAAAUUACUAUCAAAAAAACCAAAGAGGAGAGUUGAAUUACCAGAAGGUUGGCGUAAUGUUAUUGAAGAAUAUUAUAAGGAAACAACCGAAAGUGGAUCGGUAAAAAAUAUAUCUGAUUGGAUUCGUAUUACAGAAGAACUGGGAGUUGUAAAAGAGGAAGAUAACAGAGAACUAAUAAAACUAAAAAAAUAUUUGAAUCGAGUUAUGCUUCCAUUGAUCGAAUCAUUCUCAAAACAAGUCCCAGAUAUCAGUGCCCCAGACAGUAGUGAGCAUCAUUAUUGGUCAGAAUUUGGACAUCGUUUUUUCUCAAGGGCAUUACAAGAAUUCGUAGAUCUUGAUUGGCGGGCCAUGGAAGUUCCUGUACAGGCCUCAAAGUAUAGAAAAAAUUAUGGACAUAACUACAUCAUUGACACAGUGGUUGAUGGAAAAUAUGCGGACUUGUUGGCGCGAAUGUGGAAAACUGGUGAAGAAAUUUUUGUCGGAGAACAAGCCGGACCUCCCACUCGAUAUGAUCUAACAAAAUUAGCAACCGACUCUUUUAAAUUGUAUAGAGAAAUAAGAGAUUGUUUAAAUGUUAGAAUUUUACGGGCCAUGGGGAAGGGUGACGUGAAUUACAAUAAUCGGUCUGUUUUCGGAAUAUUGGGCUUUCUUUUUGAAAUCAAAAUGCUCAUAAUGUGGAAAGAUGGAGUAUACGUAUAUGAAGAAUAUGGAAGUUUAAACAUUGCUUCUAACCCAGGUCAAAUUUCAGAGAUGAAAUCAGGUAUAUUAAGGCUAUUGGAAUUUAUGAUGAUCAUUAAAACCGAAACGAAAAAUAAUGUGGAAACUGAGUAUAAUGCUGAUACUAUACAGAUUUUGAAAAGAAAAUUUGAUAAAAUUAUUCAGACGAAGCCAUUGCCUUCAAAAAUCGCGAAGAGAUAA